GCCAACUUUCAGGAGGAAGACAGAGGUUUGAUUCCUCGAAGGCAACCAGAGAGACAUCCAUUCUUAGCCUCUGCAUUAGUAAAGAGGAACCAAAAGCCCGUCUUGUCCAUCAAUCUGAGGAUCACAAGACACCUAUACCUCUGCUGACUCAGAGAGAAGAGAGCGAGAGAGGGACUAUCAAUCCAGAUUAGCGCCGAUGGCCUAACAUCCAACCCUCUACCGGUGUAUCAGCGGAGACAGCAGUGAAGAGGGACAUACUGCCUUCACCCACACCCAGCGAAUGUGUCAAUCUCAACACCUUGAAUCAGAGCAAAAGUUGCACUAACUCCCUCAGCCCUACUACUGAGAGACAUCAAACGAUCUGACUCGAUAGCAGGGGGAACAAGAAGAGAGCCCGUCUGCCUUAUUCUGUCUGCCUUUUGUCAGGUGCUUUGUGCCUCAGGCGCUAAUCUCAGGCAGCUCCCAAUCUUUACACUAAUAGAGUCGUCAUCAGAUCAAGCUUGGAGGUCUUUGAAGUUCAUUACCAGUCUACCGUCAGAGACGUGAGCUUGAGCACGAGAUAGCCUGGAGCUGUUUCUUCAUUGAGACAGAAACUACGCAUUUGUAGAGGACUACAGAGGUCACCUGACAGAGACAUCUGCCCAGCUGUCUGAUAUUUAAGAGAGACCUAUCAGUCGGAAAAGAGGCAGAGAAGCAGGUCACACAGCAGACCCCAUCUGAGUGUCUAUGGCUGACUGGAGCUUGCUGGGGAACUUUCUAGAAGAGGUGCAGGAGCACUCCACCUCGGUGGGGAAGGUGUGGCUCACCAUCCUCUUCAUCUUCCGCAUCCUGGUGCUGGGAACUGCGGCCGAGUCGUCAUGGGGCGACGAGCAAGAGGACUUCACCUGCGACACAGAGCAGCCUGGCUGCGAGAACGUCUGCUACGAUCGCGCCUUCCCCAUCGCCCACAUCCGCUACUGGGUGCUGCAGAUCGUCUUCGUCUCCACACCCUCACUCAUUUACAUGGGCCACGCCAUGCACACUGUCCGCAGGGAGGAGAAGAGGAGGCAGAAGGAGCAGGAGGACCAGGGAGGCGGGGGAGAAGGAGGAGGGGGAGGAGGAGGAGGAGGAGGAAGAGGUGGAGUUGGGGAGAAGUACCCCGAGGAAGAGAGGGACUGCGGGAAGGAAGAGGGUGGAGGAGGUAAAGUACAGUUGAGGGGGGCACUGCUGCAGACCUAUGUCCUGAGCAUCAUCAUCCGCAGCCUGAUGGAGGUGGUUUUCAUCGUGGUGCAGUACAUGAUCUAUGGGAUCUUUCUCCAGGCACUCUACCUGUGCAAGGGCCCGCCGUGCCCACACCCGGUCAACUGCUACAUCUCGAGGCCUACAGAGAAGAACGUCUUCAUCGUGUUCAUGCUGGUAGUGGCAGCCGUAUCGCUCCUUCUGAGCAUCUUGGAGCUCUACCACUUAGCGUGGAAGCAGUGCAAGAGGUGCGUUAAGGACUACCAAGCUACUAAGCAGCAAAGAUCUGGCACGCCCUCAACGGUGGCUGCUGCUUCUCCAGAACCUUCCACACCAGAAAGAACCUGCACUCCACCUCCUGGCUUUAACGAGUGCUUGGCGACAUCCUCACCAUCUCCCCACUCAUUGCGAACACACUCCAGCUGCCCGCCAUUCAACGAUCACCUGGCGCACCAACAGAAUUCUGCCAAUAUGGCGACAGAGCGCCAUCGCAGCCGUGACGACAACCUGGGGUCGGAGGACUUCCUUAAGAUGAGCUUCUCACAGGAACCUGUGGACACGCCCAACUCCUGUGCUCCACCCACACUGCUAAGCAAUGGAUUUUUAACCGACAAGAGGCGGUUCAGCAAGAGCAGUGGGACAAGCAGUAGAGUGAGGCCAGAUGAUCUGGCAGUAUAAUCUUGAUUUAAAGUGAUAUUUCAGUGAAAAAUGUACUUUUCCUCUUACCUCUUGCGUCUGAAGUUUGCUAAAGGGUAAUGUAGCUAACAAGGAAAGGAGGUUAUGGGAAUGGGCUAAAGUAUGUUGCACAACCAAAAAGCUAUUAUAUUGACAUUUCAAUUUUGUCUGUACUUGUAUUACUUAUUUCUAUACUUGCAGUGGUUUCCAACUCUGGUCCUGGAGAUCCAUCUUCCCACAGAGCCUAGAACCAACCACAGCUAAUCAGCCUCCUCCCAGUUAUAUAUACUAGAGUUAAGCAAGAGGCAAGGCAGCUUAUUGGAUACAAGUUGAAUCUAAACUCUGUGGGAAGGCAGCUCUCCAGGACCAUGGUUGGGGACCACUGCCAUCUAGAAACCACAUAAGCAAGGCUGUUUGAGAUUACUCAAGAACAGGGGGUCACAACCCCAUUCCUGGUGUCGAGUACAGUUUGGUGAUUUACCUGCAUAAACGCACCUUAUUCAACUGAUCUGUUAAUUGUCAGGUUUAGUGGGUGUGCUUGAGUAGGCAAUCUAUCAAACUGUGCUGGACACUGACACUCCAGGACUGGAGCUGUGCACCCCUGCUUAAGAACAACAUAGUUUGAGUCGUGUGUGGAGCAUAAACUCCUACUGUUAGCUAAAGAAAGCAAACAUCAGACACAGACAUGUCUUGGUUAAUUGCAUUUUGGGUGAGCAUGAAAUUGUGUAAAUUUCAUUUUUCACUGAACUAUCACUUUGAGUUCUUGGGAUGAGAAGCCAUAAGACGAUGUUUAAAAAUGCUACCAACACUUGACUAUUAGCACUGGUCCAUCUUGUCCUGUGAAGGCACAAACGAAGUCAAGCCUGCUGUAAGAUAAGAAUGUGAUUAAGUAAUGCUUGCCAAUAGCAAUAGACAAUGUGCUUGAGAGGGUUUUGAGAAGAGUUACUGACCAACUGCAGAAAAGUUGACAAUCUUAACAUCCUUGAAAUUCUGCAGGUGCGAGACAUGCCUACUUAUGUGGAGAUGCAAUAAAAGGCCACGAGAUAGUGGUUACACCAGGGACCUUAACUGUGAUUGGACAAGGCAGUAUGGACCCAGUGGCACAGCACUCACAGAUAGAGAUCACUGCCAGACUAAAAACUGUCAGAACUUCUUCACCGAGACAAGAACCGGAGCUCUUUAGAGGCAUUACUGGUCUUGAAAAGUUUGCCUGUUAUUAACUGUGCUUAAUUUCAGGCUGAAAUUGCUUUGAAAACUGUUCAUUGUUUAAAAGCUUGGUGCUUUAUCUAUACCAGAGCAUAAAUUCUGAUUCUGAAUGUUUGGUGGAGCAAAUGGCUUCAGUAUCAUUUGUUUAUUAUUAACUUUUAAUUAUUUUCAUUACCAAUGCAUUUCCUUUGCUGUCCAAAUGUAAUCAGUAGAUAGCAGGGACAUUAUUUGCACUAUUUAUGUUCAUUUUUAUGAGUUUUGUCUUGUAUUUCACAUUUUAAGUCUUCAUAACAGCUGAAGUGACUUUCAGGAAGAACAUGAAAACUAUAACUCUACAUAUAAUUCUGUGCUAUUCAAUUGUUUAGGUUUCUGAAUGAGCCACAUACACGAUCACCAUCAAAUAAAGGAUGCCCAUUUUCCUUGUGUGAUAUUUAAACUAUGGUUAUUUGAAUCUAAAUCUGUAUUUUGUAAAGUGUUUACUCUCAUUAAAUAUACACAUUUCCACUAGCAGUUAUAAUCUAAUAGGCUGCACCUUUACCAGACAUUCAUUUCUACCACUAGAUGGCAA